AAGAAAGGAAGGGGAGGUGGAGAAGGAGGAGGAGAAGGAAAAGGAAUUAAGAGGGGGCUGGGGGGGGUUCCUCAGGGAAGACCGCUCCUUUCCCGGACGAUCGGCGGCUUCUGGAGUUGCAUUUCUCCCCGCGGUGUUUAUUUUUGGAAAAAGCGCCUCCUGCUCUGGACGCGGGGACCCGGACUGCCGGGAGCGCGAUCCGCGGCUCUCCCCCCUCCCGGCUGUUUCCACCCGGGAAUGUUCUGGCGGGCUCGGAGGAGGGUGCGUGUGUCAGAGUGGGGAGGCUGAGAGGGCGAGGUGAGCCUGGUAUUUCACCCGUCGAGAUUCGCUUCUCCCGUCUUUUCCUCCGCUCGCCGACUUCCUUUUCCGCGGCUGACAGGUGGGUGGGUUUCCCUCCUCCUCUCCCUGCCUGUUUCCUUUGGAGUGGGUCUGCGGCGUGGGUGGCCGUCCUUGUUGCCCGCGGCUGCAGGUCGCGGGAGAGAAAUGCCGUCGCUCCCCGGCUCCUCUCUUUCCCCGGGAUCGUCGUGAUGGUUGAGUUUUUUUCUUCGCAAGAGGUGGGGUUGAAAGAAGAAGUCCGGCCCUUCCCCGCUUGUUCUCGGACUACGGAGCUUGAGUGCGCUCUCACGAUCUGAGAAAGUAGCAGGGAGAAUCUGAUUGUGAAGGCUUGCGUGUUAUGACGACCCCCAACAAAGGAAACAAAGCCUUGAAGGUGAAGCGGGAGCCAGGGGAGAAUGGGACCAGCUUGACAGAUGAAGAGCUGGUGACCAUGUCUGUACGGGAGUUGAACCAGCAUCUGCGGGGCUUAUCUAAGGAAGAGAUAAUCCAACUCAAGCAACGCCGGCGGACCCUGAAGAACAGAGGCUAUGCUGCCAGCUGCCGGGUCAAGAGGGUAACACAGAAGGAAGAGUUGGAGAAACAGAAGGCAGAACUUCAGCAGGAAGUGGAGAAGCUGGCUUCAGAGAAUGCCAGCAUGAAAAUGGAACUUGAUGCCCUCCGUUCCAAGUACGAGGCACUGCAGAACUUCGCCCGGACCGUUGCCCGGAGCCCUGUCACCCCUGCCCGGGGCCCACUUGCUUCCAGCAUCGGGCCCCUUGUUCCUGGCAAAGUUGCCACCACCAGCGUUAUCACAAUAGUUAAAUCCAAAACGGACGCCCGGUCUUAGUGAAACGAGCACUGCCUGGGCUUGUCUGUGCAGGGCAGUUAGGCACAAAGCUCAUCCGGAAUCCCCAAAGCACAACCCUCUCCCAGAUGGCCUAGCCCACACAGGCACACACUGGCCUGCUUGUCACUGCAGUUGCUUUGUUUUUAGCUUGUUCUGGUUGGUGUGACUGACGGUAAUGCAACCUUUCCAUUGUGAACAGAACCGUCCAUCUAGUGUGUUCUGAAAAUGGAAGCUGAAGGACCUCAGUACUCUUGCCAAAGAGAUUUUCAGCAGCAUGGAAUUCAUUCUUGAGGAGGAAUAACUCAAAGGGGAGGGAAGAGGUCAUAGAGAGUUAGAAGACCUACUGUCAGUGAUGACUUCAAUACCGUUCUUCCAGGGUUGAGUCAGCUGUCCAGUCUGCUGCUUGUAAAUUGCUUGGUAUCGGGGAUAGUUUGUGUAACCAUUUUUAUAUUACCAUCUAGUUGCACCUUUUAGGUUUGAAGAUGGGAUCCCUUAGGACUUUUCCUGAAGGAGAGGAAAGUGGGGAAACAGCUAUUUCCUGGUGUCUGUGCUGCAGAGGAAGGAAGGUAGCCAGGAAUGAGCACUGUUGUAUCUACCUACCAGACAAAGUGGGUUACAUUGCAGUGACCACAGGCCAGUUUUGUGCCUAAUGUGUUGCACUGAACAAGACCAAAAUCACUAGUUGUUUUCUGUGUUUGGAGAGUAUCCAGUGUCUCUAGUGUGAUGGUUUACACAACUAGUUUAUGUAGUUUAAAUAGCCCUUUAUUUAAAAGAGAAGCAUUCAUUUUAAAGAGUUAUUAAAUGAUCUAAGUUUCAAAUCUACAAUUUGGUGAAGCACUUCUAUUUAAAAGUCUCCUUUUAGCCUGAGAAGGUGAGAAUAUUUGAUUGUCAUAUUCUUGGAGACACAAAUGCAAAAUUUAGAAGUUUCUCGUCAAGUCUUGUGGCUCUGAGGUUGGUUUUAUAAAGAGUUAUUAGACUUUUAUUUAUAAAUAACAUAGGAAAAAAAAACAAAAAAAGAGGCUAGUCCUGUUUGAUAUCUUUUUGCAAUUGUACCAAAAGUGACUUAUUCUUGAAUUCCCCAUCUGCUUCUUUUGUACUCCUGUUGUAUUUAGUUGUCUGUGCUCUGAGGUCUUUUGUGGCGCUGUGAUGUGAUGGUGCCAGUGGCCACUUUGCUAUGUGGAUGUCCUGUGAGCAUUCGUUCGGCUUUCCCAGGGCUGAGUGCAGGUUUUCUGGGGCAUUUGCCAGUAGACUUUCUCCAAGAUUCUGUCUCAUGAGAAAAUUACCUGAAUCUGAAGCCUGAGAAGAAUGAGUUCUUUUAAGAUGUUAACAAAACUGCUUAAGGAUAGCUGGCAGACAGUGUUGCAUUAUAUCAUGUCACUUGUAUCACAAUUGCCAAAAUUUGGGGGGUUUUGGCUGGGUGUUCCUGAAGGUUGAAUCCAGAGUUGCAAUGGUAAUGGGAUAGAAGGGAUCACUCCUGUUAAUGUAGGAAUAUGAAACAAUUUACAGCAUAUCGUACAAAGGGUCCACAAAAUAUAUUUUCUAGGGCUGGAUUCUAUGUAGCAUUUGUGAAGAUCCACUAUUGCAGCAGGAUUCCUUUGCUGGUAAUAUUACAGAGGCUUUUUUUAAUCUCUCGCCUGUUUCCUCCUAUGUUUUAGCAUGUUGAGCAUUACAUAGGGAUCUAAGCCAGAAACUCAAUAAGGUCUAAAGAGCAUGUGAUAGUCAACAUGACUCAGGGAAGUCCAAAUUGUUUUAUCUUCUGGAUACAUAAUCGUAUGGGAAGCCUAGUCUAGUUUCACUGACAGAGCCAGUCACUACAAAAAAAGAAAGUUGAUUUACCUUCUCUGUUGCUUGCCUUGCAAUUAGCCUACAGGGAAGGAGUGAUGGGUGCAUUACCAAGAGGAACAUGUGAGUUUGUAUCUUUGUAUCUAGGUGGGCACUUGAUCUUUUGCCCAGAAAAUUGGCCAUCAGAAUGAGCACAUGACUAACAACUGGUAAGCCCUGAGUACUGGCAUAUUCAAAACACUUGAGAUCACCAUAUUUGGCCAUUUUCUAGUUAACAUAUACUAGAACCUGUUUUAAUGACACAGCUAGUAAAUUCUGGAAAUUUCCACAGCUAAGACUGGGCUCAAAAACCUCUUGCAUCUUUUCAAAAACUUCCAGCUACAUUCUAGGCCUCGUGAUUAAAAUAAAAAGCUUUAAUAACUUUUAAAGCAGGGCUAAUAAAUUCAGAUGAGUUCUAAGGCAAGUUUGUAUCCAGAAACAACUAUCCACAACAAUCAGGUGAGAAUCCAUUCUCUGAAAACGAUCUUCCUGAUAUCUGUUAACUGGCAAGGUUUUGAUCCCUAGAGCGGGGGUGUCAAACUGCUGGCCCAUGGGCCGGACACAUCAUCUGGAAGCCACGCCCACCCCAUUGCCAGCAAUGGCAAAACCUUCCCGAUACGUUGAGCAACGUCACAUGACAUCACGAGUUUGACAUGUCUGGCCUAGAGUAUGCUGAAGGAGAAAAAGGCUUUUAAUGAGGACUAGCCUUCAAAAUAUCUUCAUCAUAUCUGCUGGAGCUCCUUUUUUUCUCACUAUAGGACCACUGUCCUCUGCAGAUGAUUCACCUGAAAUGGAGGGAAUGGCACUAGUUCUUUACUCUCAGCUGCCCUUUUGACAUAGUGGAUUGGAGGUCUUUUUAACUGUUGUUUUUUGUGCUAGUCUUGGCAUAUAUGAAUGACAGAAUAUGGCUGAGAGAUGCACAGGCACUAAGAACAGCAAACUGCAGAGAAACAGAAAAAUAAGUUGCUUUAAUGUGACUAUUCACUUGCCCUGGGUCCAGAUUCUACCCGAAAUCACCAUUGCCACAUUAGUUACUACUCUUUAUUUUAGAUUUAGAAGGAGUAGCUCACAGGUUGCUGCAUACACUAGCAGUUAUUACUAAGCCUUGCCUUACUAAGGCGUUUAGGUUUCUGAUCUUAAAAGCUAUACAGAGUGACAUAAAUUGCUCUGAGCUGGGUUGAGGUUAGCAAAAUUUGAUAAUUCCCCUUGGGAUAUGUUUUAUCACUGCUGAUUUGAAAGACUUAGAAAGCAAUGCAGAUCUAUGCGGAAUUACUAGAGCCAGAAAUGUCCUAUGUUUACUUGUUCCAUAUCACUCUACCUCCUUGCAUCUUUCUCUCCACCCUUAAGCUGUAGAUAUUUUUUUCCCUUCAUUGCCUUCCACUUUCUAGUCCUUGCCAAAGAAAUCCAAAUUCUGUGAAAACCAAACAGUUGUAACCGAAAUAAGCAAUAUUUAUGCUUUGAUGUCAAACAUGCAAAUAAAAAUAAUAUGUAAUUGGGAUUUUCUGACCAUCAAAUAUAUAAACAAGAGAUGGGUUCUGGAUUGAACUUUUAGGUCUCCUGGUCAUAGCUUCCUUUGAGAGUUCCAUGAAAGGCAUUUAUGUCAUCUGGAUGGAUGGUUGAGGAAACAACUCUUCUAUCUGAGCUGCCUGCUGUUUUAACUCAAGAAUUUGCCUCUCCAUUGUUUGGCAUGCUUCUCUGUGCCAUAUUUGCAGUUUGCCCCAAGGAAAGCAAGGUGAAGACAUUGGUGAUAGUUCCGUACUGUUAAAAUGCAGUUCUGUAUUGGGCUGCAUUUCUGAAAUAGGAAUUUGUUUUCAGCCAGAUGAAUAGUUUUGGAUCUCUUCAAUUCCAUGACCAUAUCAUCCUACACAUUUCUUGAUUGGCAGUCUUUACUCCUUAGAAUUGGCUAAAUAAAUUUCUUUUGGUGCUUCCUCUUCCUGAAUUGCUUGUUUUAUGAUCGAGAUCUUGGAUCCCAUCAGAAGCCUCUGAUAAAGUCUGUCCUCUAGGAUUUUGCAAGGGUGGCUAGGUCAGUUUUUGUAGCAAAACUAGUAGUGUCCUGGGCACUUUAAAGACUAUUACAUCAUCUUUCAUGGAUUAGAAGUUACUUCAUCAUAUCCAUGAGAUGAUAUUAAAUUGGCUCUGAUAUAUGUGUAUAAAUACAACUACUCAGACACAUUUUAAAUAUAAAAAGAACAGACAUAAUUUUAUUGAAGCUUAUACAUGCACACAUACAUUAAUACUAUAGUUUCCAUUUUCUGCAAAGUUGGUUACAAACAUUACAAGGGAAUCUAUAUUAUUUGCAUUAGUCUGUGGUCACUAAAAAUGUUAAAAUAUAUUUGAGCUGUAAUAUUGCAAUCUGUAUUUCUUGCAAUUAGAUUUUGUCUAUUCUUCCUACAGUAACAGUUUCCUCCAUAAGCAACCUUAUGCAGUAUUAAUUGGUUAAUUUGGAAUAAUACUUCAUCCAUUGAAGUUGAUUUGUCCACAUAAAUCUAUGCCAUAAUGUUUGCUUGUCUUUAAGGUGCCAUAAGACUCAAUCUUUCCUCUAAAGACGCCUUUCAUCCUUUUCAAGGCUAGAUAAGUGAAAUGGUAUCUUCAUCUGAGUGCAUUGCAAGACAUUCUUAUAAGCAAAUGAAUAUUUAUUGAGCACAUCUUGCUCCAGAACUCAGUAGUACAUCUUCCAACUGGAGGUGGGGGAGAAGACAAGUAACCCUUCAUACCUCCCAGCUUCCUUCACUCUCAGUCUGUCUCCUAGUGUUCAUGAGUGUGUUUUUUUUCUGUCCUAGAUUCCCCUCUCAAGCCCUUGCCCCUCAAUUUUUUUCUGGUACAUGGCAUCCAGAGUGUGAUGGUUCUUGUUUUAUAGGUGACUGUUUGGUUUUCCUGCUGUGAAGGGUGGUUUGGUUUUGUUGUUUUUAAUGGGGCAUUUUGCUUGAUGCAACAGGUGGGGAAGCGUUGCUUUCUAUCUGGAUGCAGAACAGCUCCAUGAAGUAUAAUUCCGCCCUCAUGUUUCUGGCUUUGGGUGGGUGGGAAAGGUAGGGUUGUUUAUGUCGUGGUGAAUUAUGUAAAAGUGAUAUUUUGGAUAAUGAAACAAUUUUUUUCUUUCCAGAAAAAUGCAAGAAAAACUGCAGGCUAAGAGUUGAGGAAUGUGAUGGUCAGCAAUGGGUAGAGGCUAUUCAGAUGUUAGGUCCUGAUGCAGGAGCAGGAGGGAAUGUACUACUGUGCAUAGAAGACAUUAAACAUUUGUCAUUGGUUUUUGCAUCUGCUGUACACUGACACAUCCCAAAAAAGUAGGAUAGCACUUCACUAUAAUCUAGCAGUAAGCAGAGCUGGCAUAUCUGUAUAUUAGUUUCACUCGGACUGGUAGUGUGUUCCAUUGGUAACCCUUGUCUUCUGUGCCAGUGAAGAUAGAAGCACUUUUUGACAACUUGCCUUUCACCUCUUUCUGAUAUCUCAAACUGUAUUUUGUUAAUUAACGUGCAGGAAUUUUCCUUUCUGGUUUAAUAGCACUGCUGCUGUUUCCCGUAAUAUAACAGUGAAUAACUGUGACUGCUUAUGCAGAGGAUUGCUCCUCCCUAUGCAGAAAGGAUCACACAGUGGUCUAGCUGUGAGUUUCAGGCAGGUUCUUCCAAGUGGUGAGAACUUACUUUCCCUUCCGGAUCUGAUAUACAGUAUACGUGAGCUCUAGAUAUUUGCAGCUGACACUUGCACCAACGAGAGGCACUGCACAGUUGAGUGAGGAGUCUCCUGAUUCCCAAUAAAGAUAUGUCACUAUCUGGCUAUGCAAAGAUGUUUGGGAUUCCCAUGCAGUUUCAAGUGCUACUUGCCCUUGUCCUCACCUGCAGUUUGCUCUGAAUUUAUUACAUCCUUUGUCAAACUGGAAUAUUAUGGAGAAACAAAUUAUAUAUUUGGUGUACUUAAUGAACUGAACUGAUGACUGCUCCUCCCCACCCUCCAAAUGUUGAAGAUAGUCCUUAAAAAUAUGAAUUGAAAUGAUUUCACUAUUGCUUUAAAAUAUUUGUUUAAAUGGUCGGGGAGGAACAUUUUGAUAAUAAGAAAUUCAGUCUCCAAAGCUGAUACAACCGGAGAUGAAUUCUAUAUGUUAGGGGUGUAAAAACAUACUGUCAUGUCCUGGGUCUCUCCUGUACAACAGUCGAACCCAAGUAAUUAAUCAGUAUUUAUUGCUAAAUUAUUCUCCUUUUUCAAUCUGUAGAUAACUGUUGGGGAUUUGUUGCCACAGCCCCAGUGGAGGUGUUGUUAAUUUAUUUAUGUAUAUAGUGUAUGUUUGUUGAUAUGAAGCAUUCUUUAUUUUGUAUAUGACCAAUAAACAUCUUUAAAGAGG